AUGAGCUUCACGCUGUGCGCGAGCAUGCACGCGACGCGCGCGAGCGCGUCUUCGUCGAGCGCGCCCGCGCGCUCUUUCCGCGCGCGCGCCGCGCGCGCGGAACGAAAUGCAGCCCACGUGUCAACGAGUUCCAAGGCGUCGUCGCGAGCCUCGUGCCCGUCGCUUCGCGCGCCGCGCCCCGCCGCGCGUCGCCGCGCCGCGAUCGCGCUUCGCGCGGCGAAGGACGACGCCCCGAAGAACGAGGAUGACACGAAGAAAGAGCCCGAACCCGAGCCCUCCGCGGCGUCGAGCUCGGAGGACGCGGAGAAGCUCCCGACGCCCGAGGACGACGUCGCGCCCGCGCUGGAGGGCGACUGGCGCGAUUUCCGCGCCAAGCUCGUGAACUCGGAGAGCGCGGGAUCCGACGCCCCGGGCGCGUCCGCGGACGAGGCCGCGCGCGUGGAAGCCGCGAGCGGAGAAAACAUCAAGCUCCUGAGCACGCAAAACCCGGAGCUCGCGUCCGAGACGCCCUGGGCGCACGUCAUCGGCGCCCCGGAGAAGGGAUGCCUCCUCCUCGCGUCCGAGGAGGAAUUCAAACUCGGCCAGCAGUACUUCCACCAGGCGGUGAUCUUAGUCCUCGAGCACCACGAGAAGGGCAGCAUGGGGGUCAUCCUGAACCGCCCGACGCAGUACAACAUGGGGUACGUCGGCGGCGACGACAGCAGCCCGUUCGCGAACAACCAGCUCUACUUUGGCGGCGACGUCGGCGACGGCACCGUCUCGUUCCUCCACGGAUCUUCCGAGGUUGCCGGCGGGAGCGAGGUCUUACCCGGGGUGUACCUCGGCGGGUACGACAGCGCGUGCGAGCUCGUGAAGGACGGCACGCUGAAGCCCACGGACUUCAAGUUCUUCGCGAGGUACUGCGGCUGGGCCCCGGGGCAGCUCGAGAGCGAGUGCGAGAGAGGGGUGUGGUACCCGGUGGCGUGCUCGCGGCAGCUCGCGCUGAAGCAGGUGAUUCAGCUCCCCAAGCCGCUGUGGAGGGAAGUCAUGGAGCUGUGCGGGGGGGAGCUGAGGCAGACGAGUAAGCGGAGCUACGGCGAGGAGGAGACGUAA